CUCUUCAAGAUGUUUCACCGAAUACCAACUCUAGGUUUAUGUUUCACGCUUUGCGCCCUGUCGAUGAUCGGGACAACACAGGGAACCUAUAUGCCCGUUCAUUGCUGUUCAGGGUCUACACUAUAUGGUUCAAGAUGUGUGUGCAACCCAGGAAUCCAUCCAGAUAGUACUCACCGGUGUGUCGAGCCAUGUUGGAACAAAUGUAAAGCAAAUACAGUCUGCAACAAAAAUACAUUCAGAUGUUACUGUAAACCAGGAUGCAGCGGUAACCCAUAUAGCGGCUGCACACCACCUUUAAGCAAAUUCCAAUUUGCACGAUCAAGUUACUCGGUCAGCGAGAGCGCCGGAGUCGCGAAGCUCCAGAUAGAUAGGAUAUCUGGAGUGUCCGGGAGAGUCACACUGUACUGGAAAUCGACUUCAAUAUCGGCUAAACUAAACAGCGACUACAAGGGUGCUUCCGGAACAAUUACCUUUGAAAGUAAUGAAAAAUGGAAGUCCAUCCAAAUUCCAAUCGUUAAUGAUAAGUCUCUGAUCUCUGCUCACACGGUUUUCACAGACACAGAAUUGUACUGA